AUGGCUGAGAAAGGGGGUAACAAGCUUGGCGUCUCGCCGGACGAGCGUUGCGCCAUCGGUAUCUCAUUUGGCAACUCCUACAGCUCCAUCGCUUCCACAAUCGAUGACAGCCCUGUCGUGAUCGCCAACGAAGACGGAGACCGCCAGAUUCCCACCAUCCUCUCGUACAUCGAUGGGGAGGAGUACACUGGCAACCAGGCCAAGGCUAUGCUGAUCCGGAACCCGAGCAACACCGUUGUCUCGUUCAAAGACUUCCUUGGGCAGGACUUCAAGUCGAUUGACCCUACCCACUGCCACGCCGCUGCCCACCCCGAAGAUGUUAGCGGAACAGUCUCUUUCAAGAUUCAAGACAAGGGAGAGAAGGAAGCAUCCACACUAUCGGUCUCCGAAGUCUCUACCAGAUACAUACGCCGUCUCGUACAAUCCGCCACAGAUUACCUGGGAAAGAAGGUCACGUCAGCUGUCAUAGCGGUACCAACGAACUUCUCCAAGAAGCAAAGGGAGGCCCUGGUCAAGGCGGCAAAUGAUGCCGACUUGGAAGUCCUCCAGCUGAUCAACGAGCCCAUUGCAUCUGUCCUUGCCUACGAUGCGCGACCCGAGGCCAAACUGGAAGACAAGAUCAUCGUAGUGGCUGAGCUUGGUGGUACCCGGUCAGAUGUUGCCGUAGUGGCUUCAAGAGGUGGACUGUACACCAUACUGGCGACCGCCCACGACUACGAAUUUGCCGGCGUUCACCUAGACAAAGUACUCAUGGACCACUUUGCCCAGGAAUUCAUGAAGAAGAACCCCAACGUUGAUCCCCGAGAGAACGCCAGAAGCUUAGCGAAGCUCAAGGCCGAAUCCGAGGCUGCGAAGAAGUCUCUCAGUAUCGGCACCAACGCGAAUUUCAGCGUCGAGAGCUUGGCGGAGGGCAUUGACUUCCAGAUGACAAUCAACAGACUGCGGUACGAAACCAUUGCUCGUAAGGUUUUCGACGGUUUUAACCGACUGGUGGAGGGCGUCAUCAAGAAGGCCGGGCUGGAUGUUCUGGACAUUGACGAGGUCAUACUCUCCGGUGGCACUUCCCACACCCCUAGAAUUGCGUCCAACUUCCGAUCAUUAUUCCCCGACACAACUACCAUCCAGGCGCCGUCAACGAACCCUAACGCUAUCAACCCCUCAGAACUGCAACCUCGUGGCGCUGCUCUGCAAGCGUCACUGAUACAAGAGUACGAGACCGAAGACAUUGAACAAUCGACGCACGCUGCUCUUACGACAGUCAAGCAUAUCACCAAUGCUAUUGGUGUCAUCUGUGUCUCCGACGAUGGCACCGAAACAUUUACACGAAUCAUCGCUCCCGAGACUGCCGUCCCUGCUCGACGGACCGUACACGUCGCUGCUCCCAAAGACGGCGGUGACGUGCUAGUCAAGAUUGUCGAGGGUGGCACUCACAUCAAGGUCACCAAGCCGGAACCCAAGGCAAAGGACAACAGCGCUAAGGACGAAGACGACAGCGACUUCGACGACUCGGAGGAGGAAGAAGAGGAGCACCGCGAGAAGGUGUGGAAGAUUGGCACUACCCUGGCCGAGGCGGCCGUGAAGGGUGUGAAGGAGGGCGGCAAGGUCGAGGUCACAAUCAACGUCGCCAACGAUCUCAGCGCCACCAUCACGACGCGAGAAGUCGGCGGCAAGGGCGGUGUGAGAGGGAACCUGAAGCCUGCUUAG